UGUGUGUGGUGUGGUGUGUGGUGUGGUGUCUGUGUGGUGUGUGUGUGUGGUGGGUGUUCACACACUUAGGAGCAGUGUGCACAAUCUUUCCACUAGGGCAAAAGUUCAGCCUCCAGAACUGAGUCCCUGGUCUUCCUGGUGUGGAGCACCACACCACCACACUCUAAAGCACACAUGGUCAUGUGUGGAGCUUGUUAAGCACACACACACACACACACACACACACACACACACACACACACACUGUCUCCUGUAGGACCAGGGCUUGGCCUUCACUCCGCCUUUUGAGCAUCUGGCAGCCUGCUCAGCCCGGGUGGUUUCGGGAAGUCAGAUGACCUUCCGUCCCUCUGGCUCUCAGCUGUCUGUCCUGACACCAUGUCCCCUCUGCUGGCUCUUCUCUGCCUGCUGCUGCUGUGCCCAGGCCUGGCCACUGACUUCUGCCCUCAGAAUGUCAAUAUCUCCGGGGGCACUUUCACCCUCAGCCACGGCUGGGCCCCGGGGAGCCUCCUCAUCUACUCCUGCCCCCCGGGAAGCUACCCAGUCCCCGCCUGGAGACGAUGCCUGAGCAACGGGCAGUGGCAGACCCCAAGAACCGGCCCGCUGUCCACACUGCGGGCCUCUCGGUUCCUUAGAGCCGUCUGCAAACCUGUUCGGUGUCCAGCUCCUGCUUCCUUUGAGAACGGCAUAUACAACCCUCGGCUGGGGUCUCACCCUGUGGGUGGCAACCUGAGCUUCCAGUGUGACCAUGGCUUCACACUGAGGGGCUCCCCAGUACGCUACUGUCGUCUCAAUGGCCUGUGGGACGGAGAGACCGCAGUGUGUGACAAUGGGGCCGGCCACUGCCCCGAUCCUGGCACCUCAGUGGGCACAGUACGGACAGGCUCACAGUUUGACCUUGGGGACAAGGUCAGUUACCGGUGUUCCUCCUCAAAUCUGGUACUGACCGGCUCGGCGGAGAGGGAAUGUCAGAGCAAUGGGAUGUGGAGUGGGACAGAACCCAUCUGCCGACAGCCGUACUCUUAUGACUUCCCUGAGGAUGUGGCCUCUGCCUUAGGCAUCUCCUUCACCAGCCUGCUUGGAGCCACCAAUCCGACCCAGAAGAGGACAGAAAAUCUGGGCCGUAGAAUCCAAAUCCAGCGCUCGGGUCGCCUGAACCUUUAUCUGCUGCUUGAUGCAUCUCAGAGUGUGUCCCAGAAAGACUUUGAGAUCUUCAAGGAAAGCGCCACCCUCAUGGUGGACAGGAUCUUCAGCUUUGAGAUCAAGGUCAGCGUUGCUAUCAUCACCUUUGCUUCCGAGCCCAAAACCAUCCUGUCGGUCCUGAGCGAGAAAUCCCGGGAUGGGAUGGAGGUGAUCAGCAGUCUGGAGAAAGUGUGCUAUAAAGAUCAUGAAAAUGCCUCUGGCACUAACAUUCACAAGGCUCUGCACAGCGUCUACCUCAUGAUGAAUAACAUGAUAGCCCGUUUCAACAUGGGGGCCGCUGCCUGGCAUGAGAUUCGCCACGCCAUUAUCCUGCUGACAGACGGAAAGUCCAACAUGGGUGGGUCCCCCAAGCCAGCAGUUGACAACAUCAGGAGUCUCCUGGACAUCAUGCGGGUUUCCCGGAAUGGACACCUAGACAUCUAUGCUAUUGGAGUGGGCAGCUUGGAUGUGGACUGGAAAGAACUGAACGAGCUGGGGUCCAAGAAGGACGGCGAGAGGCACGCCUUCAUCUUGCAGAACGCACAGGCAGUGCAACAGGUCUUUGAGCAUAUGCUGGAUGUCUCCAAGCUCACGGAUACCAUCUGUGGGGUGGGGAACAUGUCAGUCAAUGCGUCUGACCAGGAGAGAACACCUUGGCAUGUCACCUUUAAGCCCAAGAGCAAGGAGACUUGCCGGGGGUCCCUUAUCUCUGACCAGUGGGUGCUGACAGCAGCUCACUGCUUCCAUGACACCCAGAUGGAGGACCGCCACCUGUGGAGAGUCAUCGUGGGGGAUCCCAGCUCUCAUCACGGCAAAGAGUUCCUUGUGGAGAAGGCGAUAAUCGCCCCAGGGUUUGAUGUCCGUGCAAAGCAGAGCCAGGGCAUCUCAGAGUUCUAUGCUGACGAUAUUGCCCUGCUGAAGCUGGCCCAGAAAGUGAAAAUGUCCACCCAUGCCAGGCCAAUCUGCCUUCCUUGCACUGUGGAGGCCAACGUGGCUCUUCGGAGAUCCCAAGGUGGCAGCUGCAGAGAGCAUGAGACAGAAUUUCUGAAACAGCAGAAAAUCCCUGCACAUUUUGUGGCUCUGAACGGGAACAAACUGAAUGUUAACCUCAGGACAGGACUAGAGCGGACAAGCUGUAUCCAGGCCGUCUCCCAGAACAAAAACCUCUUCCCCGGCUUGACAGACGUCAGUGAGGUGGUGACAGACCAGUUCUUAUGCAGUGGGCUGGAGGAGGAGGAGGACCAUCCCUGCAAAGGAGAGUCGGGGGGCGCGGUUUUCGUUGAGCGGAAAUACAGGUUUUUCCAGGUGGCCCUGGUGAGCUGGGGUCUUUAUGACCCUUGUCUCGGCUCCUCCAACAAGAACUCCCGCAGGAAGUCUCCUCCUCCGGGUGUCGAGCCUCGAGAUUUCCACAUCAAUCUCUUCCGCCUGCAGCCCUGGCUGAGGCAGCACCUGGAGGGGGUCCUGAACUUUUUGCCCCUUUGACAUGGUCACUGAUUCCUUUAGUGUUCUGACCCUCCUGUCUACUACCUCCGAGUGUCCUCACUCAAGCUGGGGAACUCCCCGGGUUGUACCGGGAUCACUGUCCGUCCGUCCUUCUUGCCCUGCCUGUGUGCAAACCUUUCCCUAGAGUGCAUGACUUGUGCUUUUCACCCUCACAUGGAAUUUCCCAGUUAUGAAAUUAAUAAAAGCCAAUGAUUUCCACA